AAAGGAGGGGAUUCACUCCUAAAACGGCCCAAGAGUUAAUCCAAAGUCCGGCAAUACAAGAAUGGCUUCAAGCAGAACAAAUAGGAUACAGCGGUGGUGCGGAAAUUGCUGCUUAUUUAAGAGAUAAAGGUUGUAGUCCCAUCGGACCAUCUGAACCAGUUCACUCGCUAGAAGACAAAUUAAAAAAUAGAGAAAGCAAAAUUCAAGAAUUAAAAGCAGAGUUAGCUAUGGAGAGAGAAGAAAUGGAUAAAUUUCUAGAAAAAUUACAAACUCAAUUGGCUAAUUUGCAAAUGGGAGAACAACAAACCAAAAUCCAAGCUUCUUCUAGGAAAUAA